ACAAUCACGCUUGCCACGUAUGUUGUUGUUACAGAUGGGGGAGGAAAAGGAGGAGGAGGAGCAGGAGCAGGAGAAGCAGAGAGAGAAGGAGAAGGAGAAGGAGAAGGAGCAAAACCAGGAGAAGGAGUAGGAGGAGCAGGAGAAGGAGUAGGAGGAGCAGGAGCAGGAGGGGGAGGAGUAGCAGGAGGAGUAGCAGGAGGGGCAGAGAGAGAAGGAGGAGCAGGAGGAGCAGGAGGAGGAGAAGGAGAAGGAGCAAAACCAGGAGAAGGAGUAGGAGGAGCAAAAGCAGGAGCAGGAGGGGAAGAGAGAGAAGGAGGAGCAGGAGGAGCAGGAGGAGGAGAAGGAGAAGGAGCAAAACCAGGAGAAGGAGUAGGAGCAGGAGCAAAAGCAGGAGCAGGAGGGGCAGAGAGAGAAGCAGGAGCAAAAGGUCCAGCUAUAAUCAACGAUCAAGAAAACGAUAAAGAAGAAGAAGCAGCUGCAGCUGCAGCAGCUACUAAUGAUGUUCCCACUAAUGAUAUUUCCGCUCCUGAAAAUAGUGGAGUUUCCAAAAUAGCGAAUCUAAAAGGUUUGCUUACUGUUAUUAUAUUACCCAUGCUUUUGUAA